CUAUAGAUAUGUCCUUCUGUUCUUCACAUGGUCCUACAUUACCCACAGAGCAAUUGUUUAUUUUGUCUACAGAUAUCUCCAUCACAUUGCGUUACAUUGUCCAUGGAGCAGUUACCUAUAGAUAUGUCCUUCUGUUCUUCACAUGGUCCUACAUUACCCACAGAGCAAUUGUUUAUUUUGUCUACAGAUAUCUCCAUCACAUUGCGUUACAUUGUCCAUGGAGCAAGCAGUUAUCUCUAUAGAUAUGUCCUUCUGUUCCUCACAUGGUCCUACAUUGUCCACAGAGCAGUUAUCAAUAGAAUAUGUCCUUCUUUUCUUCACAUGGUCCUACAUUGCCCACAGAGCAAUUGUUUAUAUGCUCUUCUAAAGUCUGGCAUUCUCCAUCCAUAUAUCAAUGCAUUAAUGAAAGAAUUACAACUAACUAACACAUCGGCAUACUUAUUAAAUAUCAAAAGUCCAAAAUGAUCAUUCCCUAAUACAGCUUGCAGUAAUGUGACAAUAAUGAAAGGUGUAUAACAUAGCAG